AACGUUCUGCAGGCGUUUUUCAGUCGUCGACCUACAUCAGCCCGUAAACCCUGCUUCAAUCCUCGUCACCAUGCUUUGGAAGAAAAAGACAAAAGAAAUGGUGAAAAGGAUGAAAGAAGGGGAAGAAAAACUGAAAGAAAUGAAGAAAGGGUUGAAAAAAAGAAGAAAGAUAUGAAAUUGUCGAGGAAAGAUGAACGGAAAGAGGAGAGAAGAGAAAAGAAGGAACAAAUGGAGAAUGUAGAAAUGAAGGAUGAAAAAGAAGAAGAUGGAAAAAGAGGGAUGAGGAAAGAGCUAAAGAAGGAAAAGAAGAAAAAUCUCGGGAAGUAAAAAAAGACAAGGAGAGGCGAAAGGAACAAAAAAAUUGAAGAGAGGGAAGAAAGAAAAGAGAAAAUGGACGAAAGAAAAAUAAAAGGAAAGAAAAAAAAUUGUCGGAAGAAAAAGAAGAGGUGGUAAAAGAUGACAAAAAAUGGGGAUGAAGACAGCAAAAGAAAAAGGAGGAAGAA